AUGAUGUUUCAAUCAAUAAAAAUAAUUAGCUUCAAUGCCGAUUACGACAUCCUUUAAGAAUUUAAUGUAUCACCUAAUUAAAAUAAACCUUAUGAAAAAUAUUAAAUAGUAGUAAAGAAAAAUGAUUAAGAAACAAAAUAAAAAUAUAUUGCUGCUUACUAUCCUUUUAACAGAUAAUAAAAGUAAAUUAUAGAUAUGUUUUACUUAAUAAAAUAAAUAAAAAUACUAAAUAUUAUAAAUAAAGAAGACUUUUAUCAUGAAGAUGAUUAAUUUAUUAUAGUUUAUCCAUUUUUAUAAAAUUACUAAUUAAGUGCAGAAUCAAUUAAAAAUUUAGAUAAAAAUACAAAAAUUUCUAUCCUUGUUUAAUUAAGCAUAAGUAAAACUUUUAUAUUUAUUUAACUUUUAGCUCUAUUGGAAAUGGCAAAAAGAAAAAUUCCUUUUAAUAUCACAAAUCUAGAUUAAUUAAUAUUGAUUGAUGGAUUAGUUUUUAUAAAUAUGUAAGAGUUUCAUUAUUAUGAAAAAUCAACAGAUACUUUAUCAUUAAAUUAUUUAAAAUAAUUUAGUAUAUUAUAUAUAUUAAUAUUGAGUUAGGAAUAAUUUUAGAUUAGAUGAAAUUUAUGAAAUUGAUCACUUUCAUUUUGAUGCAAAAACAAUAGAAUCUUUUACUGAAUCCAUUUUAUCAACUUUUAAUUUAAUAAUUAAUGACCAUGAAAAUGCAUAAUAUUUUAAAGUCUUCAAAAAUAUUUUUAAAAUAUCCAAUUACUUAUAAUUGGCUGACUUUUAAGCUAAUUCUCAUAUUUAUAAAUUCUAAAAAUUACCUGUUUUUGAAAAGAUUUUCAGUUUUCCCUUGACUUCAGAUAUUAUAGCUAAAUCCACAAAAAUUUAAGGAGAGGAGGAUUAAGAUAUUGAAGAUGUUAAAGUCAAUAUAAUUAGAGAAAUUGAAUUAAUGGAGUUAUUUGAAGUUAAUCAUGAAAUAGCAGCUUGUUUUAAAUAUAUAAGGAUUUUAGAUUAAUCUUAUUUAUUUAUGAGAUAUUAUUGUAAGAAUUUGAGAUAAUAUUUUGACUUAAUGAAUGAAAAUCCAUCUGUCUAUUUUACAAAAUUAAUAGUGUAUGCAAUUGCUUAUUAAUUCAUAAAAGGAUUAGCUCUUUUACAUUUUGCAGGAAUUAAACACAGAGAUUUAAAACCAGAGAAUUUAUUUUUGACUAAUGAAAAUAUACUUUAAGGUCAAAUACACAUAGCUGAUUUUGAUAGAUCCAUUAUUUAAAAUAAAGAUACUUAAGGUAUAGAUAUUGAUUAUCUUGAUCAAACUAAUACACCAGAAUAUAAUCCUCCAGAAUAAAAAAAAUUAAGAGAUCAUUCUGUUGAUAUAUGGCAAUAUGGAUUAACAAUAUAUGAAGUAGCCAAUAAAGGUUAAUAUCCAGGGGCAAGAAUCUGUCUAGAAUUUAAUAGAUAUUAUUCUCCUUAAGUAAUUGAAGGAAGGCUAUAAUAAUAUAAUUAUGAUAAAGAAUUUCUAGAUGCUAUUAAAUCAUGUUUAAAGGAAGAUCCAUAAUAAAGACCAUAAGCAAGAGAAAUUGAAAAAAUAAUGUAAAAAUUAUAUGAAAAAGAAUUAUCUAAACAGACUAAAGGACCAAAGUUAUUUUCAAGUUAAAGUUUUAAAUGGCAAAAAAGUCAACAAAUUGAAGAAUAAAUCGUUAAUGAUCAAUGA